AUGGCACGACCCGGAAGAAUAAAUUUACUUUUAAGACUCAAGCCUUCGAGCUCAUCCACUCCUGAUACUUCUUUUUAUCGAAUUUCCCCAAGCUUAACAGAAUUUACUCUUAUAACUCCUCCUAAUAAUCGAACCCCUUUCUAUUUCUCCAAUAUUUUUCCAUCAGACUCCACAAUCACACCUAUAUGUGAGCUUGUAGGCUACCCUAUGUCAGAUCAAAUCCUUGACGGCUGCAAUGCAACUCUUAUAGCACUAGGGGCAAUAGGAUCAGGAAAAACAUAUAACCUAUAUGGCGAAAUGUCAAGGAGAGGGUUAUCAGGAGGCCUGGUUCAAUCAAGCAUACAGUAUUUAUUUGGAAAAAUCCGAUCAUUGACUGCUGAAAGGAAUAUUACUGUAAUUGUAAGUUUAUUUGAAAUGUACAAAAAUAAGGUCAGAGAUUUGGGAAUUGCAUAUAAUAGCAAAGGAGAAGGCAUUGAAGCUCUCUUAAAAAUUUAUAAUGAGCAAGACCUCGCUGUAAAGGAUAUUAGAGGGAAAGCUUAUAUAGAAGAUGUGUCUUUAAUUCAGGUCAUGACAGCUGAAGAAAUCUUUGAGAUCAUUAACCUCGGCUUUAAAAUGAGAGAACAUGCUGAAGAAAUCUCAGGAAGCAUUGCCAAUGACGCGACGACUAUACUUUCUAUAAAUGUCACACAAAAGGAUAAGCAUGGUGAUAUAAAUAGUACCAAAAGUGCAAGAUUUAAUAUCGUAGAUAUAGCAGGUUCAGAGCACAAAUUUACUGACUCAGGAACUGUUGAAAACGAGUCAGAAACCGAGCUCAGCAACCUUUAUGCACUUAAAAAGGUGCUGAACAAAGUAAACUUAGUCAAGCAGGGCGCAACUGUCAAUGUAAUUCCUUACAAAAUCAGCAAACUAACUCAAUUUUUGCAGAGCGGGUUUUCAGGAAAUUCCACAAUUUCAAUAUUAACUGCAAUAGAUACAGACCCAAUCAAAUAUAGCGAAACUGGGCAUGUCCUUGCUUUUGUGAAAUCAAUAACAGAAAUUGAUAAAAAUAUCAAGAAAAACCUUAUGCAGAGGCCUGAUGCAGGGGCAUUGAUGGCUCAUGAAAUGGCCCAGAGGUUGGAAGAAGAAAUUUAUGAGCUCAAUUCUAUGAUCAAAAAGAGCCAGCUUCAGCAUGAAGAGAAGCUAAGACUUUUUGCUCGAUUAGUUGGCAUCGAUGAUGACUUAGAAUCUAUGGUACUAGCCAAAAAAGGAACAAAAGAAUUCCAGCUUGCUAUGAAAUACAAAGAAUCUUUUGAGACUACAAAAAACUUAAACAGGAGAAAUGCAGACUUAGAAAAGAAAAAUAAUGAAAAUAAAAAGAUCCUAGAUCACAUUAAAAUUUUGCACCAGAAUAAUAAAGAUAAGCAAAAAAUUGAGCUGACAAAUCUAGAAACCGAAAUCAGGGACUUAAAAGACCUCAUCAGCGAAUACAAAUACAAAAACGAAGAAAUUGGCCAAGAGCAAACCUUUUCUAACUCAGAAGGACUCGAAAGAAUGCUUAUGCACAGCCACUUAGCUGUCGAAGAAAACUCAGCCACUCUCCACAACUUAAAGCUCCAAAUGCAAAAUAAUACCACGGAUUUAAAAAAUCUAUUUGAAAUGAAAGAGCUUGGAUUCAAUGAAGCUGAUCAUGUAAUGAAAAAAUUAAUUUACGACAAUGAGGAAAAACAAAAGGCAAGAUUUGCGAAUUUAGAAGAACAGUUUAAAUAUUUAAUUGGAGACGAUGAAGAUUCGCACAGAGAAUUUUUUGAGUCCCAGAUGGAGAUUAAUACGUACUUGAGAAACUUAGAGUAACUUAUAUUUAGUGAGACUCUCAAUGAGAUUAAAAAAGAGACGGCUAGAAUGCUUGAAAUUGCGAAUAUUCAGAAUGAAAUUAUUUAUGAUAUUGAAGACGGAAAGUAUAACAAUGGUAUUCGGCCUGUUUUGAUCCCGACUAAGCACCACCCUCCAGCCCCAAGUCCUAUUUUAUUUCCUAUGUAA